AGCCAAUCCGCGUUUACAGUAAAACACCACACUUCCUGUUUCGGAUUAAAGAAAUAUCGCAAUUAAUGGUAUAUUCAAUCUGAUAUGACGAAUGAAUUGCAGUGACUUACCAUACCGUUUAUGAGAGAGAACACACGAUGGAAUAGAAGCGGACUCUGUACUACAGCUUCUUCUGCACUCCUCCAGAAGAGAGACGAGGCAGGGCCAGGGGCCACGAGGGAGAGCUGAAAAGAAGGUCCGCAGCCUGACCAUGUCUGUGUCCCUGCUGUGGGCAGUGGAUGUGUACGGGCGCGUUUACAGCCUGUCCACUGGAGGGCAGCAGUGGGAGCAGUGUCAUGAUGCCGUGUUAGAGUUUAAGAGGGUGACAGCAGUACAGCAGUGUUGCUGGGGUAUCGCCUGUGACCACCACAUCUACCUGAAUGUCCACUCUAGUGAUGUACCCAUACGUUACCAGGAGGAGACAUACGAGAACCAGCGAUGGAAUCCCAAGGAUAACUUCUCGGAUCACUUGUUGCCGAGCGACCGCUGGCAUUGGAGUGACAUCACAGGGCUGGAACACCAACCCCUGGACAGUUUCCUUCUUCCCUCCACCAACUGGGAGUGGGAGGGGGACUGGUACAUUGAUGAGAACUUUGGAGGAGAACCCACAGAGAAAGGAGGUUGGACCUAUGCCUUGGACUUCCCUGCCACCUACAUCAAAGACAAGAAGUGGAACUCGUGUGUCCGUCGCCGGCGAUGGAUCCGCUACAGGAGGUACAAGGCCACAGACACCUGGGCCAAGAUCCCAUCUGAGGGUCACAGUGGUCCCCUGCCAGACCCCUUUAAUGACAUCAGCUGUGGGGGCUGGGAGAUCAGUGAGGAGCCCAGGGGGAGGCUGUCUCUGUGGGCUGUCUCUCUACAGGGCAAGGUAUGGUUUCGUGAGGGUAUCCACCACCACAGCCCAGAGGGGGAAGGCUGGGAGGAGGUGUCUCUGCCUGGGGAGGUAGUGCAGAUCAGCUGUGGUCCAGGGGACCUGGUUUGGGCUGUGCUCUGGGAAGGACAACUCAUCGUCAGGGAGGGAAUCACCAGAGACUGCUCACAAGGUUCGUCCUGGGUGGUGGUGGACUCUCCCAACCCAGAGGCCGGGGCCAUCCACGUAGCUGUGGGGGACAACGUAGUCUGGGCCGUCACCAAGGACAACAAAGUAUGGUUCAGGCGUGGCAUCAACUCCCAUAACCCAUGUGGUUCAGGCUGGAUCGGGAUGGUCGGGGAGAUGGUCAUGGUCAACGUGGGCCUCAACGACCAGGUGUGGGGUAUCAGCUGUGUGGACCGGGCAGUGUAUUUCCGUCAGGGUGUGACCUCCAGUGAGUUGAGUGGUAAAGCCUGGAAGGCUGUCAACGUUCCCCGAGACGGAGACAUCAGGUCCCACUCCUCCGCCAGCAUUAGCAGUCUGCACAGUGCUGGUUGUUUCUUCAGUGGUGAGAUACGAGCCCAGUCUGUGAUGAGUGAAGACUUGGACACAGAGGGCGGUCCACAGACGGCGGUCCUAGAAGUAGAGGCAUGCCCCUCCUCUCCUCCCCCCGAGCCCCCUCCCAUCGACCCCGACGUCCCCAAACCACGCAUCCCUAAGGUCACCAGCGACAGUUUCAUCUCAGAGAUGCUCUCCGACCGUGAGGUCAAACAGGAGGGGGCCACUGCUGCCACCACUGCCAGUCCCUCUAUCCCAGAAGAGGAAGUCGCUCUUGGGGAACCAGAGGCCAAGUGUCCCCCUCCGGCUCUGGUUCUCUCCCCCAGCCUGUCUGGAGGGCUUGGGGACCCCCAGUGGAGUAACGUGGACCUGGAAGAGACCCAGACUCACCUGGCUGUGGGGCCUGCCGUGGUGAGAGGGGACUCGGCUGACACCUGUAGUCUGUCCUCGGUGGCCACCUACACCCUGUGUCAGGGGGAGCCGUAUGGGGCAGAUGAACACCCACUCUGGGCAUGGGUCAGUGGAGGAGGCUGUGGUGUGAACUCUCACUCCCAGCUCAACUGGUUCAACUCUGCCACAGCCCUGGCAUCAUCAGUCCAGUCCAUGAGUCUGUCCAUCAGUCCAGCCCAGACAGCUGCCUGGCGGAAACAGAUCUUUGAGCAGCUCAGCGAACGCUCUAAGAGAGAGAUGGACCACUUUAAACACUACGAACAGGCCGUAGAACAGUCUGUGUGGGUGAAGAAAGGGACCAUGCAGUGGUGGAGGGACUGGAAGCCCCAUAAGUGGGUGGACGUGAGGUUUGCCCUGGAGCAGUUCUCAGGACCUGAGGGAAACCAGGACGGCAUCCUCUUCCUCUACUACAACUUCAACGAGGAGAAGAAGUACCUGCAUGCAUUCAUUAACGAGGUGACCAUCUUGGUGCCGGUGCUGAAUGACUCCAAACACACGUUUGCCGUCUACACAGCAGAGAGGACCAAACAGAGGUGGCCCAUCAGACUGGCUGCUGCCACUGAGGUGGAGAUGCACGACUGGCUGGCCCUGCUGAGUGUGUCGUGCUGUGACUCCCGGGGGAUCCAGGGUCCCCCCUCUAAACAAGCCAUCUGGUCAGUCACCUGUAAAGGAGACAUCUUCGUCUGUGAGCCUUCGCCUAGCCUGGAAGCGUGUCCCUACCCCACACCCUGCGACCAGAUGUUCUGGCGUCAGGUGGGGGGCCACCUACGUCUGGUGGAGUGUAACAGUCUGGGGGUGGUUUGGGGGGUAGGCUACGACCACACUGCCUGGGUCUACACCGGCUAUGGAGGGGGAUUCUUCCAGGGUCUGGCCAGCAGCACAGAUAACAUCUUCACCCAGACAGAUGUGAAGUGUGUCUACAUCUAUGAGAACCAGAGGUGGAACCCAGUCACAGGUUACACCAACAGAGGCCUCCCAACAGACCGCUACAUGUGGAGUGAUGCAACAGGACUGCAGGAGUGUACCAAGGCCAAUGCCAAACCUCCAUCCCCUCACUGGACAUGGGUAGCAGACUGGACCAUUGACUAUGGGAUCUCCGGGGGGACAGACCGAGAGGGUUGGCAAUACGCAGCUGAUUUCCCAAGGUCGUAUCAUGGCCACAAGACCUUGAAGGACUUUGUUCGUCGUAGACGAUGGGCCAGGAAGUGUAAACUGACGACCACAGGGCCGUGGCAGGAAGUCCCACCCAUCCCGUUGAGUGACGUGACCAUCGUCCUGUGUGGAGCUCAGAGCAGUGUUGAGCCGAUCCCUCUGUGGGCCAUCAGUAACAAGGGAGACGUGCUCUGUAGACUGGGGGUCACCCUACUGACUCCUGCCGGGACGUCGUGGCUUCACGUGGGCACAGACCAGCCGUUUAAGUCUAUCUCCAUCGGUGGGGCCAACCAGGUGUGGGCCAUUGCCAGGGAUGGAUCUGCCUUCUACAGGGGCUCUGUGUCCUCAGAGAGCCCUGCAGGAGAUUGCUGGUACCACAUCCCCUGUCCUGAAAGACAGAAGCUCCAACAGGUGUCUGUAGGGAGAACGUCGGUCUACACUGUGGAUCAAAAUGGUAACCUGUGGUUCAGACAGGGCCUGACUCCCAGCUACCCCCAGGGAUCAUCAUGGGAACACAUCUGCAACAAUGUACGCAAGGUCUCCGUAGGACCUCUAGACCAGGUGUGGAUCAUAGCUGACAAGGUGCAAGGCAGCCACAGUCUGAGCUGUGGGACAGUCUGCCACCGUCUGGGGGUUCAGCCCAUGGAGCCAAAGGGACAGUCGUGGGACUACGGCAUCGGGGGUGGCUGGGACCACAUCACUGUGAGAGGGAACUCCAUUGAGGCUCCUCGUGUCCAUAUGCCCUCCCUGACACCCUCCCUCACCUCCUCCCUAACGGACCCCCUCCGCCCACCUCCACCCCGCAGCCUGCUCCCUGUCAUGAUCACAGAGAUGGAGAACGGGAACGCUGUCAGAUGUUAAACACGCACACCUACAGUACUUGCUAGUGGACACUAUCUCUGUUCUGUCUUCAGCCCAACUCUCUCUUCAGAUACGCCACAAUGCAACUACCCCACCAUCCACACUGUACUGUAGCUCCCAGCUCCAGCCUCAGCUCUUCUGACCUAUCACCUGGCCAUGUUAAAAGACCUUUGAACCCUAUCUCUGCGCCCUCAACUUGACUCAGCCAAUCACCUUUUCUCUUUACAGCUAGCAGAUCAUGUUCAGUAUUUCCCACAGAGCACUAAUGUCGUUUUUAAACCGUGUCACUGAGUCUUUGAACAUUGCGCUAUUGUAAUUUAAAGGUUAACUCAGCUAAAAGACGUUGCCACGAGCAGCACCGCAAAUAUUCAGAUGAUUUAGAUGCAAGUCACACACAGUAUCUGCACAUGUACACAGGAUCGCUUCACACUGUUGGAGCGGUAGGUACGGAUCGCUUCACGCUGUUGGAGCGGUAGGUACGGAUCGCUUCACGCUGUUGGAGCGGUAGGUACGGAUCGCUUCACGCUGUUGGAGCGGUAGGUACGGAUCGCUUCACGCUGUUGGAGCGGUAGGUACGGAUCGCUUCACGCUGUUAGAGCGGUAGGUACGGAUCGCUUCACGUUGGUAGAGCGGUAGGUACGAUUCGCUUCACGUUGGUAGAGUGGUAGGUACGGGACCAAAACAAAGGAAAUUGACCCACUAUGCUGUUUACUUUCUGCAUCUACUUCAUAUAUGAGUCUGUUUAAAUCUGUGCUCUUAAGAUAACUUUGUUUUACUUAUGGUUUUUGUUUGGUUGAAUGUUUUUUAUGUGUGUGUUUGGUGUGUACGGUGAGUAGAUUUGUUUUAUUUUUUAGUUAUGUUGGUAAUUGAUUGAUCUUUUUAAAAUCAUAUAUGUGUUUUGGGGAUGUAUUCAAUGUGAUUGGGGCGACGUUAAGAUGGGUAAGAAAGCAUCACUGUCGACCCAAUUAUUUGUGACUUAUUAUAAAAAGUCUGUAUCAGGACGUUACAGUACUUACUACUUUGUACCUGCUGGCAACAGGUCGAGAUUCUACUAGAGUCGCACCAAAAACAAGAAGGAUUAAUUUAACGAGAACUUUUGUUAUUAACGUUUGAUAACACAUGAUGCUUUUACAGUUCUAGGCCUUCCUCCUGAAUGGUUUGUAUCUGUGAUGGCCACAGUGAAGAGUUUGUAGGCCCAUGUAUUUUUGACAGCACUCGAAAAGAAAAUAUAUAUUAUUCUUUUCAUGAAAAUUUUGCAAUGUGUAGUUCUACACUGGACCAAAGUGUGAAUUGCUUGGAAAGUGAUGUCUUUGCGGGGCUUUAAAGUUUAUCUGUUUAUUUCUCAGGAAAAUAAGAGUUCUCCUAAACGCUAUUAUUGGCAUGUUUUUGACCUUCUACGAUUGUAGCAGUAAUGACUGACAGGCAACACACAUGAAAGGUUUCGUGGAAUGAACAAAUACAUAUUUUUGUUAUAAAUCUGUAUAUGAGUUUAGUAUAAAUGUUUUAAUGGGGAUAUUUCAAGGUUGGUUAUUGUACGUUGGUAUAUAAAAAGGUAAAAUAUUAGUCCUAUGAACUAUUAUCCAUAAACCACAAAAGCUGAAACUAGCACAUUUGGGCAUUAAUUGAUCUUACUUCUCUACAUGGAAACCAUAAGCCAAUAGUUAUCACUGAUAUACUGGAACUACAAAUAAUUGAUUAUACAGAAAACUGUCUGUGAAAACUCUCACUUUAUCUUCCUAUGUCAGUUCCUAAUACAAAGAGGGUGUUUUUUGAUCAUGUUUCACUUACUACUGUUUAGAACUGUACAGGCUUCAUCCUAAAGGAGCGGCACAUGCUUGUCAUGCUGUGGUGCACCCCUUCACCUUCCAAGCUUUAAGUGUCUAGAGGAGGACUUGUCCGUUUAAACAAUGAUUCCAUUGUUUUUAUUGAUUAUAAUGUCAAUUAAAAUACUAUAAUCAGGUACUAUUCUAAUCCCAACAAGGCUGUUAUUGAUGUGUAUAUUUCUUCCGUCCAAUAGUGUGCAUGGUCAAUGUCCUCUAAAUAAAUGUGAUUAUUGAUAAG